UGCAGCUCUUUACCAAGUGUGACCCUCCCUGACUCAGUGAUCCAAAUUGGCAUCGCUGCCUUUGCAGAUUGCAGCUCGUUGGCAAGUGUGACCAUUCCCAACUCAGUGACUGACAUCGGCAUUGCUGCCUUUAAAGGUUGUAUCUCAUUGGCAAGUGUGACCGUUCCUGACUCCGUGACAGAUAUCGGACAUAAUUCCUUCCGUGGCUGCAGCUCUUUGGCAACUGUGACCAUCCCCAACUCAGUGAUCCACGUUGGCAUUGCUGCCUUUGCAGACUGUAGCUCGUUGGCAAGUGUGACCAUUCCCAACUCAGUGACUUGUAUUGAGAAUCAGGCCUUUGCAAACUGCAGCUCUUUGUCCAGCGUGACCAUCUCCAACUCCGUGACGGAUCUGGGAGAUGAUACUUUCCGUGGCUGCAGCUCUUUGGCAAGAGUGACCGUCCCCAACUCUGUGACCCGCAUUGGGAUGUGUGCCUUUGCAGACUGUAGCUCGUUGGAAAGUUUGACCAUCCCCAACUCAGUGAUCUGCAUUGGGGAUGGAGCCUUUGCAAACUGCAGCUCUUUGAAAAGUGUAACCAUCCCUGGCUCUGUGACCGAAAUUGGGGAUGAAGCCUUUGCAAACUGCAGCUCGUUGUCAAGAGUGAACAUUUCCAAGAAAGUCAGCCACCUCGGGGCUGAUGCCUUCGCAAACUGCAGAUUGUUGGCCAAACGCCGUCGUACUGGUUGAUACGACUUCUGAAGCACCGCACGGUGCCUCUUCCCGUACUCCUUGGCGCCGGGAUGGUCCCCGGUGCCUCCAACAUCCUCCAACCACCUAUUGGCACAGGUUGGCGCGCGCGCAUGAUGUACGCAUGAUACAUGGCUCCCGGCAGCCACCAAAGAGUGCUGCGCGCUGGCACUUCGACGUAGCGAGAUGGAGUGCAGAUGGAGUGCAGCGGUGAACACCGGGCGGGCAGGAUGCUUCCCAUUUAAUUCGUCCCGUUGGAGGGAAAUUGCUUCGGCCCGGUGAGCGACUCCGUCACCCAAAAUCAGUGAGCCUGCCCGGUGGGCGACUCCGGACCCCUCAAACAGAUGGGGCUUGGGAAGCCGGGCCCGGACCCGUUUCGGUCCGACCCCUGCCAUGGAGAGUCCGGACUCGGAUUCUUAGGGUGAAUAGGAUCCGGACCCUGGAGAACAAGGGUCCGGUCUUUGGAGGGUCCGAACUCGGAUCGUUGGGGUAUGAUCAUGGGCACGCCAAGUCCGUCCUCCGUUCGAGCUUUCUUUGAACAGUCACAUGGAGUUGGGUGGCUUUUGAGGGGCACAUGGCCCGGAAAAAACUGGUUUUCCCUGGCAACAAAUAGGGUUUCUUUGUGUGAAAACCUCUAUUUUUCAUGGUAAAUUUGAGGGCCACUGGGGGCUGAAUGGGCUCGAGGAUGUGAUCUGUGACGGCACGUUUUCGAUUUGGGGCACUUUUGGGCCUUCCGAACCGGGGCGUUCGGUCGUCGGUGCCCCCGACCCGACCACGGAAGCACCUGCAGGAGGAAGUGGAAGCCCUACGGACCACGCGGGAGGCGCAAGGCAAGAUCAACGCCAUGUCGAAAUCCAGCAGUUCUGCGGCGAUGGGCGCCUGGCAGAGGGCUUCCUUGGCGCUCUCGGAAGCCGAGCUCCAACAGCAGCUCCUGUCCUUCGAGGCCUUGGGGCACGCGGCAAGGUCCAUCAGAGACUCUGCAGACAGCGGCGCAUCGUCCAUCAGUCGACGAGACGACUGGAGCCCGGAACGAUGCUUGUGGGCGUCCCCAAAAGCUCGAGGAACGGCCCCCUUGGAAUUGUCACUCUCCUCCAGCUCUCAGCUGCAGACCUCGUGGACGCUCGAGCAGCGCAAGAGCGGAAGCCAGGAUCUGGAUGUAGCACUCUCCAUGCUCAUCCCCAAGGAGGCCGACCGGAACGCACACGACAACGACCCACGCGAAGGCACCGGAGGAUCCACCUGGGCGAUGCUAGCUGAGCUGGCAUCAGGAUCCACACACGAGAAGACGAUCUGGGAGGAGGUGGCCCAAGCGGACGCGGAGGUGCAAUGCGACGACGUCUACCUACUGGACAUGGCCUCCUGGGAGGCUGUGAAGGAGGAGAUCUGUCAGCUGGAACGGGCGCGGAACGAGCAGCUAAUGCAAGAGCUGAAAGAAGAGAGGGAGAGGGCGGCCUCAAAGCACGUCGAGAGUCUCGCAGUUGAACAAGGGCUGAGGCAAGAGCUGAGAGCACAGGAGGAGUUGCUAUCCGAGUCACGCACCGAGGAGAAGAGGGCUGCCUCAAAGCAGGUGGAAACCCUCACACUUCAGCGAGAGCUGAAGGAAGAGCAAAGAGCCUUCGCACAUCAGCGAGAGAAGCUGCUUCAUGAGGAGUCACUGGCCAAAGAGGAGAAGAGGGCGGCCCAAAAGACGCCGGUCGAAGAGCACGUCGCACGUCUCACUGACGAGCUUUUGGACGAGCAAAGAGCCUUCGCACAGCAAUGGGAGACAUGGCUGGCCAAAGAGGAGUCACUGGAGAGGAGGGCAGCCUCAUCGAUGGAAUCUGUCGCACGCCUCACGUCGCACGCGCUGAAGGAAGAGCAGAGAGGCUUUGCCAGCCAGCGAGAGAAGCUGCUUCAUGAGGAGUCCCUGGCCAAAGAGGAGAAGGCCGAGCUGGACCUGUGCCGUGCUGCAGCCACGAAGCGCGAGGAGCUCUUUCGAAAUGAGUUGAGCGCUGCGCAAACGCAGACCGCGGCGGAACGGGCACGAGCUGCUUCGGCUGCUGCGGCGCGCCACAGAGUGGAGGAGGCCCAGCGCUUGCGAACGCUGGGAACGCCGGCGCGGGCGCCGUCGCCGGCGCCGUCGCCGGCGCGGUCGCCGCCCAUUGAGCCCAUCGCGGUGCGGGAGAUGGCGCUGGCGCGUCAAGCCACGGAGCUGAAGCGAAGUUUAUCUCAACAGCUUCCGGACAAGAAGCCGCAGCCCUUGCCCCGUCGCGCCCACAGGAGCGUGGGUGUCCCCAACGGGGCGAUUGGACUGCACCGGUUCGGCUUCGAUGCCCUGCGCGCCGAGAUCGCCCACGCCGCCGCCCAGCACCGCAGCGUGCUGCGCCGCGCGGCGACGGCGACGGCGAAGCCGUCGCCCUCGCGGCGCUUGCCGCGGCAGCUGUCGGUGCGGCCAGAGAGCUCGCGUGUCAUACCUCGCGCGGUGUACGCUGAUCGCACGGUGGAAUCAGGCUGCCGGCAGUCCGCGCAAUCGCCUUGCCGGCUUGGCGGUUGGGGAGCCAACGGGGUCGGAAGUUUGUAUUUCUCCGUCUUGGCCACCUGCAGUGGCUGGCUACACUACGCCCAGGUCUUGGAAGGCGUGAUGGCGCAAAGGACGCCCAUGGCCCAGAGGCAGUCCGUCGAAGGCGUGGAAACCAGUGUUUCCCAGUCACCGAUCUCGGAACCGAUCUCCGAGAUCUCCGAUCGAAAGAGCUUGGAUGCGCUGGAUGCAUUGGAUGGAAACAUUUGGAAGGACUUUGACUCCUUCAACAUCUCGAACUUCAGUGCCCUGGAGGUCGAAAGAUUUGAGUUCCAUCAUGUGCUUCGUGCCUCUGAUGGUGUGCGUGCUCAGAUCGAAGUGCAUUCAGACCUGGUGGAAGGCACGAAGGUGGUGGUGAAACGCUUUCCAAGGGCAUAUCUCAAAGACAGCCCAGCAGAAUUUCGACAGUCGAACCACACACUUGAAGAUCCAUGGAAGGAGAUGUUUCUUGCUCUGAAGUUGGGCGCGCCCGGAAGCGCCUCGCAGAUAUCAGGAGUUCUCCCGUGCCAUGGCAUUUUCAUCCAUCCAUCCGGUGAUGUGAUGCUUUUCAUGGAAUACGCCACCUCGGGUGAUCUCUUUGACUUCGCCACGGCCUUGGGAGAGCCGGGACCUGCGCGAGAGGCAGUGGCAACGCAGCUCUUGCGUCCUUUGGUUCAUGUAGUUCUGCAGCUCCACCAGAUGGGCAUCGCCCACGGCGACAUUAGUGCGGAGAAUGCGAUUCUGUGUGAGGCGGACGGAGAGGUCUCAGUAGCUCUGUUGGACUUUGCCAUGGCAGUCGACACUUCGAAACCGCGUCGCUUCUCAGCGCAUGGAGAAGCCCGAGGGAAGCCCAUGUACCGCCCCCCAGAGGAGUGGAGUGUUGAUGUGCAAGGUGCUGAUUUGUUUGCUUGUGGAGUGCUGGGGUAUGCCUUGGCCAUUGGAAACUAUCCGUGGCAGAGCACCAGUGGAGCUUGCAAGGCGUUUGACUAUGUGAAGAAGAAGGGCUUGGCACAAUUCUUCCGGAAGCGCAUGAUUCCCAUGGGGUCGGGCAAAGUCCCUGUGGCUGAGGUGUUGUCACCAGGCUUUCAAGAGGUGCUCAUAGCACUAAUUGAGAGCUGA